AUGUCGAAAGGACGAGGAGCCGGCGCUGUCGACCAGAUCGUGAAGCUCAUAGUUGGAGCCGGACAGGCCAGUCCUAGUCCCCCAGUCGGCCCUGCGCUUGGUAGUAAAGGUGUCAAGUCCAUGGACUUUUGCAAGGAGUUUAAUGCCAGAACUGCACACAUCGUCGUCGGCACUCCUAUGCCUUGCCGUGUCACUGUCCGUCCUGACCGAUCAUUUGUCUUCGACCUGCGAACGCCCCAGACAUCAUGGCUUUUGAAAAACGCCGCCAAUGCACCCGUGGGAAAGAAAGGAAGAAAGGGAGCACAAAAACCUGGCCACGAGUCGAUCGGAACUGUGAGCCUGAAGCACAUUUAUGAAAUCGCAAAGAUUAAGCAGUCUGAACUUCGAUUGUCCGGAUUAUCACUGGAGGGACUCUGCCGAUCAAUCAUUUUCCAGUGCAAAUCGAUGGGAAUAGAUGUUGUGGCUUGA